AACAUAAAUUAAUUCACUUUCAACAUGUUCUUAAUCAAAAUGGCUACAAGACCAAAGAUACACUCAAAUCAAGAGCAGUAAAAAAGAAGAGAAAACUGCGAUAUCAUCCAUGGCAGGCUCUGAAGGAUUCGUUGAAGCGGAUAAUGCAGAAGCCAUUAUCACCAGAAUUGAACACAAAACUCUCAAGAUCGAAAGUUUACUCAAACAGUUUAAACCCGUCGAAGCUCUUAAAACUGCUCUUGAAGGAACCUAUGCCAUGACUAGUGAUGAGCGUUGCAAGUCGGCACAUUGGAUUGUUGUGCAUAGAGCAAUAAUGGCUAUAAAAGAUGUGGAUGGGAUGCUUGCUUCCUUGGAUCCUGAAUACUAUGACAUCCUAAUGAAGUAUUUAUAUAGAGGCUUAUCUACGGGAGAUCGUCCAACAUGUGACCAAUGUCUUCGAAUUCAUGAAAAAUUGACAGAGAGAGCAGGCCAUGGUUGCAUUCUACGUUUCUUGACUGAUACUGUAAAUACAGUUUGAUUUUCUUACCCAUUUUUUGUUCUCUUCCUUUUGUUGUUGAGUUACCUUGUAUGUGUUGCAUGAAUACAACAAUCAAUGUACUGGUUUGGUUUCACGCCCGGGGUGCAAACCCUAAGAAAUGAUUUCAUAUGUCAAAAUUUUAGUAAAAACACAAGUUUGAUACAA